AUGGAUGCUCAGGUCGAGAGCGCCAUCCAGAUUGCCUUUGACCCGCGGGCCGACCAGAACCUCAAAGCUCAGGCUUAUGAGUUCCUGCAGCAGUUGCGCGACGAUGCGUCAGGUUGGCAGGUCUGUCUAGCCCUCUUCACCCGCGACCCCCCACCAGACGAAGUUGUGCGCCACGUCUGCCUCGAGCUAGUCAGUCAUGCUGUCCAAACAGGUCGUCUGGACGAGCAAAGCCUGUCCUAUGUCAAGGACCAGCUCAUGACAUACAUCCAUCAAACUUUUGCAAACCAAGCGAACCGUAUCGACUCGCCCAGUAUCCAGAACAAGCUCACCCAAACCGUUACCUACCUCUUCACUUCGCUCUAUGCCACUGCCUGGCCGACCUUCUUCCAAGACUUUAGAACCCUGGCUGGCGAUGCAAACACAAUUGGCUCCGACAACCCACAAGGAACCAUCCUCUACCUCCGCCUCAUCAACUCGAUCCACGACGAAAUCGCCGACGUCCUGAUCCCUCGCACUCCCGAAGAGCUCAAACGCAAUGCUGAUCUCAAGGACUACGUUCGCUCGCGCGACGCUCAGAACAUCUCGGCUUUUUGGCAACAGGUUCUUGCUCGGUGGAGACAGAUCGAUCUCGGCAUUGUCGAGUUGUGUCUUCGCUGCGUCGCACGCUGGGUCAGCUGGAUCGAUAUCUCGCUCGUUGUUAACGAGAACAUGCUCAACUUCCUUCUCGAGAUUGCAGGACAGUCAGACAUUUCGUCGGCAGAGAGUCCGCAAGCAAAAAUCCGCGAUGCUGCCAUUGAUACCUUCACCGAAAUCGUGGCCAAGAAGAUGCCUAGCCAGGACAAGAUCCAACUGAUCUCGUACCUCAACCUAGCCAACGUCGCUGGUCAGCUCGUCGCUAGCUCCGCUCUGAAUCAGUCUAGAGGCACCUCCAACUACGACAACGACCUUGGCGAAACCGUGGCCAAGCUUGUCAACAACGUGGUUUUCGAUGUCGUCAAGGUUCUUGACUCGGAAGGUCUGGACGCAAACACCGCUGCCCAAGCCGACGAGUUGCUCCAGCUGUUUGUCCCGUAUCUUCUGCGGUUCUUCUCCGAUGAAUACGACGAGAUCUGCUCCGCUGUCAUUCCUUCCCUCACCGAUCUGCUCACGCUCUUCCGUGUUUCGUCUAAGCGUGGAACCCUUCCCGAUCAAUACCGCGCCAUGUUGCAACCUAUCCUCGACACGAUUAUUCUGAAGAUGAAGUAUGAUGAGACGGCGGACUGGGGUGCUGAGAGCGAUCAGACUGAUGAGGCCGAGUUUCAAGAGUUGCGCAGAAGGUUACACGUUCUUCAACAAGCUGUGGCUGCAGUCGACGAGAACAUGUACAUGGACACACUGAGCAGAGUCGUUGCUACGACAUUCAACAGAAUUUCCACAGACAACAAGCCCAACUGGAGGGAUUUGGAUUUGGCUUUGUACGAGAUGUAUCUUUUCGGCGAAUUGGCUGUCAAGAACGGCGGUCUCUACCAGAAGAGCUCACCUUCUAGCACUGCAUCUCAACAUCUUAUUGAAAUGAUGGCUAAGCUAGUCGAGUCUGACAUUGCUUCGUACCCUCACCCUGCAGUCCAGCUCCAGUACAUGGAGAUCUGUGUGAGAUAUUGCACAUUCUUCGAGCACUCUGUGGAAAGCAUUCCCCGUGUUCUUGAGAAUUUUGUUCGUUUCGUCCACAGCGACCACAUCAAGAUCAAGACUCGUUCGUGGUAUCUCUUCUUCCGUUUCGUCAAGCAACUUCGCAGUCAGCUCGGCAAUGUUGCUCAAACCGUCAUCGAGACUGUCGCUGAUCUGCUCACCAUCAACGCCGAAGUUCCCAAGGAGAGCGACGAUGAUGACAUGUCGUCUGAGGAGAACGAUCAGUCUGCAGAUGCAGUUUUCACCAGUCAACUCUACCUCUUCGAAGCUGUUGGAGCUAUCGCCUCUACGACCUCGGUGCCACUGGAGAAUCGUAUGCUGUACGCCCGUACCCUCGUCAGCCCCUUGAUCGCAGAUCUCGAACGUCACAUUGCCGCAGCCAAAAGCGGCGACGAGCGAGCAAUCCUCCAGGUUCACCAUAUCAUCCAGGCAAUCGGAACACUGGCAAAGGGCUUCUGUGACUGGAUGCCUGGCAACACAUCAGGUGCACCUCCACCUUCAGAGCUCGCCAACGAGUUCUCACCAGCUGGUGAGGCCGUUUUGACUGCACUUGAGUCUCUCAAGAACUCCAUGCUUAUUCGUACUGGUGCACGCUUCGCCUUCUCACGUAUGCUGGGUGUUCUUGGCUCUGGUAUCUUGCAAAAGUUGCCCAGAUGGAUCGAUGGUUUGCUCGCGCAGUCUUCCACUAAGGAUGAAAUGGCUACGUUCCUCAGAUUGCUGGAUCAAGUGGUCUUCGGUUUCAAGGCAGAGAUAAUCUCGAUUCUUGAUCAACUGCUUACCCCUCUUCUACAAAGAGUUUUGGCUGGUCUUUCAGAGCCUACUACUGGCACUGAUGAUGCCAUUCAGCUUGGUGAAUUGAAGCAGCAGUAUUUGCAAUUCAUUCUCGUCAUCUUGAAUAACGACCUAGCGCCUGUUCUCGUGAGCAGCGCUAACCAGCAAACCUUCGAGACCAUCCUUACCACGUUGGAACAUUUCUGCCGCGAUAAUUCUGACUACCCCACCGCUCGUCUUUCUCUUGCUGUCUUGACCAAGAUGACACAGGUAUGGGGUGGUCCGGACCUCACCAUUCCUAUUCCACCUGGCGCCGCUCAGGCUGCUGCACCGACAGUCCCUGGCUUCGACACUUUCAUCAUGUCGCGCUUCUCUCCUCUCACCUGGGCUCUCAUUACACAACCAUCUUUCCAACCAAAGGAUGCUCAAGCACGCAGUUAUCUUACAGAAGCAGCCACUUUGCAAUGGACCAUUCUCCGCAAGUGUGGUGCAGCAUACGAGGCUCACUUGCGUGAGUCUGAGAUGUCGGGAUUGGGUCUGCAAGGCCCUAUCAUCGACGAAUACAUCAAGCAUCUGGAAGCCAAGGACAAGCUUGACUUCAAAAAGUUUUUCAUUCAAUUCGUGCAGCAAGUUAGGUCAUAA